GCAGCACCAUUUGAGCAUGUGUGAAUGGUGCACACACGGCCUUGAAUGAGUUAGGUUAGCGGACGUGGCAUUAACUUUCCUUCCCCCGUGCGUUUGGAACCUGGAAUCCAGCAUGGAACUCCUAAGGAAAUACUCUUGGCUGACCCUUCUGGUAGGGCUGUGUUUCUUUACGGCAUUCCUGGCAGUGUCUGAAGCCAAGAAGCCCAAGAGCCAGAACAUCCUCGCUGUCGAUGACAUGAAAGAAUUCAAGAAACUUCUCCGGACGCGGAAUAAUGUAAUGGUUUUGUUUUCAAAAACCGCUAAAGAUGCCAAUUCCUGGAUGGAUGUUUACGGUGAAGUUGCCACGGAGAUGAAGGGACUGGCCACACUUUUAACUGUUGAUUGCAGUGAUGCCAAAAAGCUCUGCAAGAAAGUGAAAGUCUCUCCCAGCAACGUAGUCCUUAAGCACUACCAGGAAGGUGAAUUCAACAGAGACUAUGACAGAAGGAAGAAUAAAAAGUCCAUGAUAUAUUUCUUGAACAAUCCUACGGAUGACGCACCUUGGAUGGAAGAUCCUACAGCAAGCAGCGUACGACACAUAGAAUCUGGAAAGGAGCUGCAGAGAAUGUUAGCCAAGGAGAAGAAACCAAUCCUGCUGAUGUUCUACGCUCCGUGGUGUGGACAUUGCAAGAAGAUGAAGCCAGAGUUUGCUGGGGCAGCCAAGGAACUCAAAGACUCAGCGGUCCUAGCUGGUCUUGAUGUUGAUAUACCUACCAACUAUGAGGUUCGCACAGCAUACAAUAUUACUGGCUUCCCAACAAUAUUAUAUUUUGAGGAUGGGCAACGAAAGUAUGACUACGGAGGUGAAAGGGACCAAAAUGGCAUCAUUGAAUGGAUGAAAAACCCGCAGCCGCCUAAGGAACCGGAACCGGAAGCCCAAUGGAGCGACGAAGAGUCUGAGGUUGUUCACCUCACCGACGACACCUUUGACAGUUACCUAGAGGGACAUGAGUCAGUCCUGGUCAUGUUCUAUGCACCAUGGUGUGGUCAUUGCAAGAAAAUGAAGCCAGAAUACACGGACUCAGCUCAACAAUUAACGGAGGAAGGGCUUUCAGGAGUGUUGGCUGCAGUGGAUGCUACAAAAGAAAAGGCUGUAGCCCAACGUUUUGAAAUCAAAGGCUUUCCUACUCUCAAAUAUUUCAAGAGUGGAGAGUUUGCUUGGGAUUUGAAUGAAAGAACAGGAGAAAAAAUCCAGGAGUUUAUGAGAGAUCCUUCGGAACCUCCUGCUCCACCCCCUCCUGAACCCAGCUGGAGUGACCAGGAGUCAGCCGUCCUGCACCUAACAGGAGACAACUUCAAGACGGUCACGAAGAAGAAGAAGCACAGUCUGGUCAUGUUCUAUGCACCCUGGUGUGGACACUGCAAGAAGGCCAAGCCGGAAUUCACGGCCGCUGCUGACCAGCUUAAAGAUGAACUGAAGGUUGCCUACAUUGCCGUUGAUUGCACCGACGACAAGAGCAAGGAAAUGUGCUCGACGUAUGGUGUAACUGGCUACCCAACGUUGAAGUACUUUGUGUACGGCAAAGACCCUGUGCCUUAUAGUGGAGGAAGAGAGGAGAUUGACUUUGUGCGUUUCAUGAUGUUGCUGGUGAACCCCGACGCGGCGCCCCCUCUUCCGGAGCCGGUAGUGGAGGACUUCUUUGCAGAGCUGGACGGAGGGGAGAACGUCUUACAACUCACCGACAGCACCUUUGAUGAUGUCAUCAACAAGGAAGAAUCAGUCUUGGUCAUGUUCUAUGCUCCCUGGUGUGGUCACUGCAAGAUGAUGAAGCCUGCCUUCUCAGAGGCUGCAACUCUCCUCAAGGAGGCAGAAACACCAGGCGUGCUAGCCGCAGUGGAUGCAACUGUCAACAAGGCCCUGGCGGCUAAAUACGAGAUCCGAGGUUACCCACUAUUAAAAUAUUUUAAAAAUGGAGAAGCAAAUGAUUACGUGUCGGGACGGUCUACAGAAAACAUUGUCGACUUUAUGAACAAUCCAAGUGAAGCGGCCACGCCAAUCCCCCCUACCCCGGAACCCAAGUGGAGCGACGUGCCCAGCGCCGUCAACCAUCUCACCCAGGCAAACUUCAAGUCUUUUACGGAGACCAACCGGUACGUCUUGACGAUGUUCUACGCUCCGUGGUGCGGUCACUGCAAGGCCGCAAAGCCAGCGUUCCAGGACGCGGCCCAGGUAGUCAAAGACGAGGAAGGGAUGGAGCUGGCUGCUGUGGACUGUACUGUGGAAAGAGAUCUGUGCAGCGACUUCGAAGUCCAAGGGUUCCCUACUUUCAAACUUUUUACGGAGGGCUCCCCCACGGAAUACCAGGGCGGCCGGACGAAAAGCGAUUUUUACAACUUUAUGCAAAGCCUGAAAAGCGGAGCCGGGGACCAGCCAAAAGAAGAGCUCUGAUGACAGCUACCGGGCAAAGUGGUGUUCGUAGCAACCAUUUCGGUUUAUCAUUUUAUAUUAUUACAUACACGGUUUGGAGGUGGAGGGAAUUCUUUUUAUACCCAUUUACCCCCCCAAAAUUUACCUGUGACUUGACAUUCAUCCUGAAGAAUAUCAACCUUGGGGUCAACAUGAGGUCAUGAGGAAUUGGGGUCACGACCUUUGCUCUUUCAUAUUUUAUUAUUUUUGUGAAAUGCGCCAUAUUUUGUAAAUCUGUAGUGUAAUGGCUUUAACAAUGUGUUUAAUUUUCUAAACGUUUCUAAACUCACAAACGGUUUUUUGCAUUAAAACAGAUGGAGUCAAAACAAUACUACACAAUAUACAAUACAUCCUUUCAGCAUCAUCAGCAUAAUAAGUAAACCAUCAAUUGUGAGGUGUUCUUGCAAAAUGAGAUGCCAAAACAGGGCACAGGUCGUAGUUGAGAAUUGUUUUUAAAGAUUUUCAUAUUUGUUGAUACAUGCACUUUAAAGAAAUAGAAUAAAAUUGUGAAAUGAAAGCGUUUUUAAGGAAAAAACAAUUGGGCAUCUUUCUUAUUCACAUCUACAAAACAGUUGGAACUUUAAAGGUAUUUUUCUCAGCAUUUCACUGCCAAUAAUUCAACUGUUUUCAACAAAUAUUCAAGUAAACAUUGGUGGAUUUUUUUAUUUGAUGUCUCAUUCAAAAGAAAGAGCAAAUCCAUUUUUCGGGGUGAAAAUUUCAAAAUAGCACGGGGACUGCAUCUUUUAAUUAUAUCUUAGAUUUUUUUAUUCAUUUAAUUAUGUUCUGAAUUUGUCAUUUGAGAUAUUUUCUUUCAUUUAGACAAUUUAUUGGGGAAGAAAAACAAUUUAAGGUGUUUUGAAAUAAUGUAAAUUUUACUUUUUUGGUUUAUUUUCGAGGAAUCCUAAAUUUUCUCAGUUGUAGGUACAGGUACUUAAGUUUAUUUUGUUGCGCAGGUAAUUGUGUGAAUUUCUUUAAAUUUGUAUACGUAUGGGUUGAUUUCUUAUAUUUCAGCUUGCUAUUUUGAAGUCUUCCUAUUUUCACUAUCAUUUAAGCUAUGAUUGGUUUCAUUUUUGGGUCUUUGGGCAUUUUGAAAAUUAUUUCCAGAGCAUCAUUUUUGACAUUAAUCUCCAAAAUAAAUCUUGGUAGAUACAGUUGGUAUUCGAAUCUUCUGUGUCACCACCAAAUUGUUUCCUUACUUGGGAUAGGCCUUCUAAGGGUUCAGAAUUUCCAUUUCGUGAAGUAAUAAUUUAACGCUUUAAAUAACCGUCUCCAGCAGUGAAACCUUGGGGGGGGGGGGAGGGGGGUCAGUGUACUUCAUAUGGCUUAAUGUUUUGUUUAACAGUAUACAAUUUUGAGCAAUAAUAAUAUUCAUCCAUCUUUAGCUACUCGAAUCAUGUUUUCAACAUUUCAGGAUUAUUUCAUCAUGUUAAUUAAGAAAACAGCAAUAACUUGGGCAUUUUGCCUGUAGAACUGGCUCUUUGUAAUAAAUAAAACUUGGCCUUUGUUUUUGUGAUCGGGCGCGACACUAGUUUGGUUGUGCGUUGUUUCAGUUCAGUGUAAAAAAAACCAAAAAUGGUGAAAUUUAGACUCGUUUCUCAGUUAUGUUUCAUCAUUUUUACCGAAUGCAGUAAAAUGAAUAUAAUGAUCUACC